AUGCUUCAAUCUAUUCAAGUUACAGAACAGCUCUAUUGGCCGGAGCUGGAAACAUCUAAGAUGUGUGUAUUAAGCCCAAUGGAGAAACCUGUGAGCCUCAGUCAGGUGCGGCUGGAGCACGUGUCCUCUGGCAUUCUGAAGGAUCUGUUUAACACAGGCACCAGAAGCUACAACAUGCUGCUUCAGAAAGAAGCAGAUGAACAGAAGAACCCUAAGUACUCCCUUCACAGAUGCACCAAAAGAGCACAAAGAGUCUCGACAGCAACACAUCGCACCAGACCCCAGCCAACCCUUGCACCUCUCGCGUUGAGUGAGCUGACCGUUAGUUGCAGAGACACCAGGCACAAUCAGUCAGUCUUUUCCUGCUUCUCCACCAGCAGUUCCAGGCAAAUGAACAGCAUCAGUGUGCUGGGCAGCAUUCGUCUUUCCCCUUGCCCCAUCCCCAGACCCAAAAACAGCUUCCCUGCUGGUUUCCCAGGCACAAAACUGCCCCAGAUGUCCAGAGCAUGUCUCGCUGGUCGUGAUGGUGAGAACUCAAUCAAAAAGGUGUGCAUCCUCACUGCCAUAAAGCCGUCUAAUGUGGAGAAGGAGAGGGACAGAUUUUUCAAAUCAGACUUUAACUACAACCCUCAGUUUGAGUACAGCAAUCCUGUCCCUCCACAAGUGCUGGCAAAGCACAGCAAAGCUUCAAAUCGCUUCCUCACGCAGGCUGUGCGGAUCAUGGAGUUGGCCCUGCAAAAAUAUGGCUCCUAUGAGAAGUUUGAACAGGCUACAGGAGGAAACCUCCUCACCAAGAGCCGCAUCUGGUACCACGUCAAAAAGUACAUGGAAAAGGAGGGAUGCACAGGAGAGAUUGUUGUUCACCUUACUGAUGACCUCCUGUCCAGAGCUUCAAUGACUGUGGUGAACAGCAGACCUACACUCACCAUUAACAUCUCUACUGCUAGAGAACAGUGGCUGGCAGGGAUGCUAAGGCAUGAAAUCGGUACACACUACUUCCGCAGCAUCAACAACAGUCACCAGCCUUGGAGCAACGGUGGGGGAAGGAAGAAACACGGCCUGCGGCCCAUGAACCCCACUGAAGAGGGGCUGGCCAGCAUUCACAGCGUGCUCUUCCGCAAGGAUCCAACACUGUGGCGUGCUGCCCUGCUCUACUACACCGUCUACCAGGCCAGCCGCAUGUCCUUCUCACAGCUUUUUCACAACCUGGGCCGAUUUGUCCACGACCCCAACACACGAUGGGACUACUGCGUCAGAGCCAAACGUGGACAGACCGACACAACACAGGCAGGUUGUUUCAGUAAGGAUCAGGUGUAUCUUGAUGGCAUCCUAAAGAUCCUCAGACACCGAGACAAGAUUGAUUUCCAGCUACUCAUGGCUCUGGGAAAGGUGUCAUUUGAGGAUGUGGAGCGUCUGAAAGGUCUGGCUCUGAUGGAACGUGUGCGCAUACCUCACUUCCUGCAGGACCGAGCACACUACACAGAGCAACUGCAGAAAAUCAUGGAGGUCAACCAGCUAACCGAUGAGGAGCUGUGCAUGCUUGUCUGACCUCCAGCACGACUUUAAGUGAUGUUACUGACCUCACUAACAUACUGUGACAAAAGCCCUCCAUAUCACAUCAAUAACCUUGCAUUCAUUCUUUCCCUCCACUGAGUCUCAAGCAUAUAUAUGUGCACUUCCAUGUUUUAAACCAAAUUGCACGUUAAAGUGUAAAAACCUAAGUGUAUUUCUUUCUAGUAGUUACCUGCCCAAAAACAAAAGCCUUCAGUUCCUUAUGUGCAUUUUAUGUUGCGUUAGAUAUAA